UUUACCACACCAGUGUCGGGAGAUGCUAUUUACUGCGAAGAAUCGACAGGUCACAUCCGGUGUCCCGCUGGCCAGAAGAACGCAGUUUAUAAUGCUUAUUACGGAAGGACACAUAACGGAACAAUCUGUCCCCAUUCCCUCACCUCCAACCAGACAUGCCACGCAACUGGCUCCCUCGACAAGAUCCAGAGUGCUUGCCAGAAUCAACAGCAAUGUUACUUGGCGGCAAACUAUGCAGUGUACGGAGAUCCCUGCAGAGGAACGUUCAAAUACAUUGAAGUGAAGUUUGUUUGUCUGUAGGCAUAAAACAGCCGGUCGAUAAAAUUUGUAAAACAUGUGUUGUUUCAAUGAGUCAUCACGAUAUAAAUAAUGCUUAAACUAAUAAACCAAUGAGAAAUGUCACUUUGCAUUCAAUAAAGAAGACAGACGACUUGCCACGAGAUGUUAAAAACCAAGUGUUGA